CACCACCCCCCACCAAUCCCCUUCAAUUUCCGUUCUCAUUCCCUCUCGUGAGAGAGGUUUACGAUCGACAAAAUCUGCCGCAUUUUCUCUCUCUAAAAAUCUUCUUCCCUGAGCUCGUAGAAUCUCUCUCUGGAGACGUUCAUCAUUCUCCCAAGGCAUCAGAGGCGCGGAAAAUCUCUCGAGCCAUUCUGGGAAAUCGUUCCAGUUGGAUUGACUUGGCAUUUCUAUGGAAUAUGGACUCAUAGACAGCAGCGGCACUGAUGAUGAUAAUCCUCAAAUAGUGUAUAAUAGAGGCACAGUAGGAGGUCGUGUGGCAGGGAACGGAAGAUCAUUUCUACCAUCAGCCCCAUUUCAAAGGAUUCAAAUUGAUAUGGAAUACGAAAUACAUAAUCUGGAACAGAUUGCAUAUGGUGCUGUUCUACGAGCUUUCAAAGCACAAUCUGAUGCACUUACAUGGGAGAAAGAGGGCCUUAUAACAGAAUUGAGGAAGGAACUGAGGGUAUCAGACGAUGAGCACCGAGAACUUCUUAGUCAGGUCAAUGGUGAUGACCUCAUUCACAGAAUCAGGGAGUGGAGGGAGGCAGGUGGUAACCGAAAUGUAGCCCCCAAUGUCCCCCAGCAUAUAAACAAUCAGUUACCAAGUCCCACAGUUUCAGCUUCUCGUAAAAGGCAAAAAACUUCCCUAUCAGGAAAUCCGUUCAAUGCACAUUCUCAGGCUUUACUUUCUCAGCCAGUGGCUGGUAGCACCCUGCCAUUAAAUUCAGUUGUGAAACGAGGACCUUCUUCAGGGAUUGGUGGGAGAAGGCCGAAUGUUGGUCAGCCAGCUUUCACUUCAGGAAAACCCAUGCAAUAUCAGUUUGGUGAUCAUGUUUCUUCUGGGGCUCCUAUGGAUGAUCCUUCUGAAAGCAUCCAUGAGUCCUUGAUUGGUAGGCGGGUGAUGAUAAGAUGGCCUGCAGACAGCAACUUCUAUGAGGCUGUCAUAUCUGAAUAUAAUCCUGUAGAUGGCCGUCAUUCUCUGGUUUAUGAUAGCAAUCUACCGAGUGAGACUGUGGAAUGGGUUAACAUAAAAGAGGUUCCCCCUGAGGAUAUUCGGUGGGUGGGCGAGGAUCCUGUAGUAUCUCGACUAGGAGACACAGGUGGGCCCAACCCUGGCAGAGGGAGAACAACCUUAAUGAACCAGUAUGCCAAUGAAAUGCGGCCUUCACGAAAUGGGGCUGUGAAGGAGGAUUCUGAGGAAAUCGAGAUAUUGCAUACUGAUACAUUAAUUAAGAAGGUGGAGAAGGUGCUUGAAGCAAGUCAUCCUGAUGCAUCAGAGAUUGACAAGGCUAAGAAAAUGCUCAAGGAGCAUGAACAAACGUUGGUUCAAGUAAUUCAAAAACUUGUGGAUGCCUGUGAUAGUGACGACGAGCAGCAACAGCAGAUCACUGAUUAUCGUGGCCGCGGCAACGAGCUCGAGAUUGCUGGAAGGGCUGGGAGUUAUGAAUUGGCUAGAGGUUGAAAGUGAUGCAGAAUUCCUACAAAAGAUUCUAAUGGAUGUCCAUAGUUUAACCCUAAACUGCCUUGUGUUGUUAGCCUCUUUAGAUUCAUGUGAUUAAUGUAACUGGGUGCUGUGAUUAGUUUGCCUCAUGGGGGAAAGAAAAUUUUAGGGUAUGUUAGCAAUUGUUUUAGUUUUCAUGUAAACAGAUCAAUUUCUAUACCUUUCUUUGAUUUGGAUGUGUAGUAAGAUAGAUUAUUUCCUGUACAUCAAGAAAUUGUGAUUCAGAAAUGUCUGUUGCAAUUAAUUUAUGUUUUGCUUCAUGGUUCA